ACCCAAAGCUCAAAAUUUUGUGUUUGUUACACUUGUAAAACUUAAUAGGGACAAAGUUCAGCCUGGUAAAUGAUGUUCUCUAUAUGUUGUGUGAUCUUUCAUAAUUUUAUGUCAUUGUUUGCAGAAAAACACGGGACAUGUUCUUAUCCUGUUGUCCAUGAUGAGUAUGAGUACUUCCUAACGACCUUGAAUGUUUACUUCAAAUAUAAUGUCACUGGAGUUCUGUUUGAAGCUGGGUAUGUACCGUCAAAUUCCGAGAAAUAUCCACUGGGAGGCAUCAUUACUGCCAUUCAAAAUGCCUUCCAUGCAACUCCAGAGUUGAUAUGCUCGGGCGAUGAUGUGGAGGAACUUCGGAUAUGCUUCUAUAAGGAUUUCCAGCCUCGUGACUGUGCAAGUGGAUUUAUCAUUAGAAGUGACAGACUCUCUUCUGGGUCAUGUCCUCAGUAUGUUAGCUUGCCAGCAUAUGGAUCAUGGAGGUAUUCAACCGUACAAAGGCAGUUUCUUGAUCUGAGCGAUAGUCUGACAGCAGUUUCAUGAUCUAAGCGAUGGUCUGAUUUGAUAAGGUAAAAUUUGGCAAGGGGUGUAAAUCAGACCUUUAUUGCUUUACUAAGAAGUUUAGCGCCUGCAAGUUUCAGCUUGCUAUUUAUAAGAGAUAUACAUUCUUGUAAAGAUUAUGAGAUGAUUUUGAUGUACUUUACUCGUCUUAUCGAAAUAGCAUCUCAACGAGGAAUUAAUGCUUAA